UCUGCCUAGCUGUUUACGCAAGGUGCCCGAAAAGAUUUUGUUUUUCGAAAAUUGUGAAAGAAAUUGGCUAAAAUGUUGGCACUGCGCAGCACACAAAAGCUUAAUAUACGUGCAUUGCUGCCGGCUGCUUGUAAAAACGUGGGACUUGUUAGCUACUCCAGCUCCUCCCAGUCCAAGGAUGACGAUGGCUCCUCCUCCUCCGACGAUGAGAAGAAGACCAAGAAGCAGCGAAAACCGACAGAAACAACUGCGGAAACAGCGGCACAGCGUUUAAAUCGUUUGUUGGGCAGCAUGCAAAUGCAAUCCAAUGACCAACUGACGGCCACGGACUUUCCACGCCCCGGCGAUGCGAAUCGGCGACGUAGAGAGAUGCUCAAGCAGGAUACUGCCACCAAGGAUGUCAUCACAGCAGCUAAGAAUAUUGCCAGCAUGCUGGGCACAGGCGAAAGUGACAAGAAACAAACCGAAUCCGAGUUGCUUGCCAAGCUGCUGGGACACAACUUGGAAGAUGCGCCACAAGGCGAUAUCAAGAGUACAACAACUGAAGAUGCAAUCCCAGAAAAGGAUUUGAAUUUGAGCGAGUUAAUUGUUGGCAUGAAGAUUGAUCGUCGCCAGCAGCCACAGCACGAGGAGCACACUCGUGGCGAGUAUGUGCGACGCACUCUGGCAUCUCGCCCCAAGUCCAGAUCCGAUGAUGGCAGGCCACAACGUCCUCAACGGCAUAUUAAACGCGAGCCGGAAGUCUUUACGGGCAGCGUCAAUUUGUACGGAAGUGAGCCGUUGGGUAUUUUCACCAAAGGUUCUAUAACCUUGCUGGAUUCACCGGACAUGCUGACAACUUGGUCAUCGCUAAGCGAACGUGAACUAAAACUACAGGCGGCGCAUCCACCUGCCAAUCAUUUUGAGCAAAUGAUGCAAUGGACAUCACAGGGUAAACUUUGGCGUUUUCCCAUCGACAACGAGCAGGAUCUGAAGGAGGAAGCGAACGUCGACUUCUCGGAACACAUCUUUCUCGAACAGCAUUUGGAAGGCUGGUGUCCCAACAAGGGGCCCAUACGUCAUUUCAUGGAGCUGGUCUGUGUGGGACUCUCUAAGAAUCCCUAUGUAACGGCUCAGGAGAAGAAAGAUCACAUACUAUGGUUCCGUGAUUACUUUGAGGCCAAAAAGGAUAUACUCAAGGAUCUGAUGAGCAAGGAGAGUGUCGAUAAAAUGAAGAGUGUAACUGCUUAAUUUGGGACGUUUGUGAAAUAUUUGUUAAAAAUAUAUUAUUUUUUGCUUUAUAAGACGAUA